CCCAAAAAAGCCCAACAAUUUCAUUCAUCCCCGAAUUACUCAAACUCAGACGUCAUCGAGACUCGCCCCGCAUAGGAUCCCUCAAAUGUCAAGGGCCUAAAAUCCGGGGAAUUUCUUAAGAAUGUCUGAGAACGCGAGUAGUUCGACGACAGACGUAUGUCCGUUGCGUCAGUGCUACGAGAACUACAUCCUGAUCGACGUGGGUGCAAACCUAACGAAUAAAAAAUACAGCAGAGACCUAGACUCAGUGAUUCAACGAGCGAAGGACUCGGGUGUUCAGAAGAUAAUGGUAACAGGUGCGAGCAUAAGAUCGAGUAAAGAAGCCCUACGUCUGACAAGAAUCUACCCAGGAACCCUGUACUCAACAGCUGGAGUCCACCCCCACGACGCAAAAUCCUGGGACGACGACGAGACCCUGGAGGAGCUCGAGACAAUAGCCAACAACCCAGAGUGCGUUGCAAUAGGUGAAUGUGGACUCGACUACAACAGGGACUUUUCAGAUCCUGAGACUCAGAGAUCAGUCUUUCAUAAACAAAUUGAACUCGCCUGUAGACUCAAUAAACCCCUGGUAAUUCAUGAGAGAGGUGCGCAGAAGGAUGUCCUGGAGGUUCUCUCCAAUUACAAAAAUCGUCUGCCCCCGGUGAUGAUUCACUCGUUCAUUGGAAGUGCUGAUGAGGCACGUCUGUAUCUCGAAGAGGGAUUCUACUUGGGAAUCACUGGUUAUCUGUGUAAAGACAAAUCUGACAGUGGAGUCAGACAGAUACUGGAGGCUGGUGACAUAUCUCUGGAUAAAAUUCUUGUUGAGACUGAUGCACCCUUCAUGUAUCCCAACACCAGAGCCAGUAAACUUCCUGUCCACGUCAAGGAUGGAUUGACCGAGAGAUCAAUGACAUUUCUACAUCGGUACUGCACUUUCCAGAGGAAUGAGCCAUGUGCACUACCUGCUGUUGUAGAAAUGGUAGCGGCUUUCAUGAGAAAAUCACCCGAGGAAGUUGCCCUUGCCACUGCAUUCAAUGCCCUCAAGGUCUUCGGGUUGAGCCAAUGAUUCCGAGUCCUCGAGUUAGGGAGAAAUUUAUCCAGUGGUGCUGAUCGUCUCGUGGUGCUCCGAUCGAACGCCGAAUUUCAUUUCCCAUUAAAUUUCUUUUGUAAAAGAGCUUGAAAAUUUUAUUUCACGUUAACGACUAGUUUAGACUUUAAGGAGAUAAUCCUUGUGCUUGAAUACUCAUUGAAUUUUUUUUUUUAAUCUCCAGAUUUUUGCAUGUUGGAGACGAUAACGUCAUUUUAUUGUUGAGAAUAACUAUUUUGGUAUAAUAAAAAUGUUGAGAAUCUAA